GUCGGCGGCGCCCUCGAGGCUCAGUCACCGUCUGACCACGGGGGGCUUAGCGCUGCUGCAUGCCCGAUCUUACGACGAAUUAUUCGUUUACCUUGUACAUAGAGCGUAUCGACGCGAUGUUGCAUUGACGCGACUGGCUAAAGGGACUCUCUAACAGACGUCAAGAGAUCACAACCUUGUUCAUUGUACUUUACCGAAACCGGCACCGAACUUGACCUGUGAUUGUUUGCUCGAACUGUCAGUGCGCGUGUUGUGCUUUAUCGAUAACAUAACCUGUACGAUUUCAAGGGCGUACGAGAUCAUUUCCAGUUUGUGCUUUGGAUGCGGUGUUGCAGAGCUGUUCAAGCGGGUCCUAGCCUCGUUCUUGUAAAUUGUAAGUGGGCGUACUCGAAAGUUUGAAAAUCGAUUGGGUGACGUGCGUGCGUGGGAUUGCCUUUACGCAAUCUUUGUUUACCUAGUAAUAUGCACUGUACACGCUGUGACCAUAAGAUUUAACACUUCUUCAGCUUCAAGGUGCUCUCACUAUCGUAUAGUGAUAUGGAUCCCGUUAAAUAUUAAAUAGCUGGUCGGAGAUGAUGACAAGAAGCUAUUGCUUGCUAUAAAGUGCACACUGGGUAUCUGUGAUGAUUCAAACUAAAAAGGAGCCCUUCCAACCACCAGACCGAAUGUCCAGCGGGUGUGACGAUGUGCAGCGCUCCCUGGAGCUGCUGGAUCAGGUGUUGAGCGAAUACGACGAGGGCGAGCCGCGGUCGUUGGAGGCGCGCGCGUUACCCGCAGUCGCCAUCGCCACGCCGGCAACCCCAGCAACUCCCGCGACCCCUGCCACGCCCGCCACAGACGACGACUCGCCACUUGCCGGACACACUUCCGAGGACGAUGGAUAUAUGAGCAUGAACGGCAGAAGAGCCAAGUUCGCGCUGGGUUUCCGUCCGACGGAAGAGCGCGAGGAGGCUUCGCCACCCGACCCGCCAUCGCCGCGGUCGCCGCCGCCGCCCGAGGAAGCGGAACGCAUCAUUUCUACACUCUUACCAAAAGUAUCUCCAUCAAAUUCAGCCAAACGCACCCUGUCUAUAGAACAGCGUGAAGCAGAAGAGAAGCUAGACUCCAUUAUAAGUGUUAAUGGAAUCACAACAGCUACUCAAACCACAUUUCCUAAGACGAGACAUCAGCGUCCGUACGGAUGGGAAAAGGAUGGCGACACGAAUGUAUUUCAACUGCAGCAACCUCCAGUAUCGCACCAUCGCUUCGCGUCGCUGCAGCAUGGCGCGCGGCCGCCAGACACCACGGCCGCUUGGUUGCCGCCACGCCAUCCAUCUGGCCCUAAGCGUUCACCUAGUCUUGAGAAUCCACCUGUUUUCCCUUUUCUGGGCUUUUCCAGUGAAUUCAGCGACAAGCCAUACAAUGAGCACCCUGUCACCAUAUACCCCGGACCCAACAUUCUAUAUGGCCGACAGUCACAUUCACCGACAUACAAUAUUCCAAAAUUGUCGCCAUCAAACACCAAGAGUUCAGAAAGAAAUAAUGUCAUGCGUGACGCUAUUUCCGAUGGCGAAAUGUUAUCACCAAAAGCUAAAAUUCCUCCGCGAACUCUCGCUGGAUCUAUGGAAAGACAUAGAGAAGUGUGUAGAGGAUCGUUGGAGGACAUGUCGGAGAAUUAUAAGAUGAGAGGAUCAAGAAGCAACGACGACGAGCACUUUUCAGACGACUCUCUAGAAGAAUCGUUCCCCCCGCCGCCGCCAGCAGUAACUACACCUUCGAAACUCAAUUCCAUAGCUUGGGAAGUGUCACUCGAUGGUGAUGACCCUCUUCUCACUCCAGGAAGCACAAAGGUUAUCGGCAGACGAAGAAGAAAAUCAGGUGACCAGUCUAAUUCCAGCACAAGUUCUAUACCGCAACGAGUAGACGACGACUGGGGAGAUGAAAAUUGGCCUCCACCUCCACCUUUCACACAGUGCGAGCCCUUAGCCUCUCCAACUUCCGACGUGGACGGUGACAAUCGUCGAACACCACAGGACUUAGCCAGUGGAACCUAUGUUAUCAGAAAGGGGAAAAAUCGGAAACAACUACCAAGUUUCAAUAAAACUACGAACAGCAAAUCGAAUGCAACAAACUUAUUGCAAAAUCAUAGCCUAAAUAGAAGUAUAGACACGGACAAAUCAAUCGAUGGAUCCAGUAUAUCAAUAAGUGGAUCCGGAUCUGUCGGAUCCUACAACUCGAGACCGAGCUCCGAUUUGAGUUUACCUCAAUCCCGAUACAGCGUGGACUUAAACUCACGACUAAGUCGCGAACUUAAUACACCUAAUUCUAGAUAUAGUAUAGAUCUCUGUACACCGAAUUCAAGGUUGAGCAAAGAAAUGCUGUCUCCUAAAUCUAGACUUAGCUUAGAUCUUAAUAAUGGACAGGAUAGAUACAUAAGUCAAGAAUAUUUCGGUCAUAGUCCUAAGAGUAAAAAGAUUUCUAAUGAUAAGAGUACCCAUUCUUCUAAAAGCAAUAUUGUCCAAAAUAAGCUAUCGCCUCAAAACAGGUUUUCAGAUUUUAAAAAGUACUCUUCAACGUUUGAUAACAUACAAUCUUUGAUUAAAGAAGGUAAAGUUGAGGAAACUCCUCAACUGGAAUGCAAUGAAACUGUUAACGAACUAUCUGCAAUACCGCCAAGUAUGGUGCGAGUAGUAUCGUUACCUAGCCUGGGCGCUGAUGAGAGCACCAGUGCAAGCCGACAAGCCCUGAUCACCACAGUUGAGGAAGAGGAAGACCAAGAAAGUGGCGAGCCAGAAUCAAGCGGUGAAACCUCACCACUGCGCAAAAUUGAAAAUAACAUUAACGCUAUACUAAGUCAAGGUCGGGACCAAAAGCAUUUUACCCCAUAUAUACCUAAAGACUGGAAUAUCCAUAAGGAUGAAUACUGUGAUGAAAUAUCGAAAGAUAUAUUAGAAAACAAUUUCCGUUAUAGUUCUAGAGAGAGACAGAAACGCCACGAUAUCCAAAAAUCAUCAAGUCAUAAUGAAAUUCAGAAUCAACGAUCGAUAGAGCGCCGAGAACGAUCAUCGUCGGGCAGACGAACAAAUAGUAUGCAUAAGUCCACUAGCGCCAAGGAUGUGCCAGUAAGCCUAAUGCGUCAACCGUCGUCGUCCGACUCUGCGGUGUCUAGCGGUGGUGACUUCCCAUUGAAUGUGCAGAUAGUAGAGCAUUCGUACAGACACCACCCUCUCCCGCCAUCACCAAACUUAGGUCAUGAAAUGGGGCCUUUACCGCAAACGCCAGAAUCACCAAAAUUCCCCCCACUGCCGCCUUCACCAGUACAGGAGGUAGAAGACGAGUACACCGAAAUUGUGCAAUCUUCAGAUAAACGCCAUCCAAAAAAGACCGAUAGCUUGCCGACACCAGUCAUGGACGCCAGAAGAAGGCCCUUAGAACCCCCUGCGGUGCCCCCGCAUCGCGACACAACCAACAGCUUGAAGACGCGGUCCAUGGAAACAAGCUACAACAAAAACAGAAGGAGCAGUAAUUUCAAGAGCGGCUCCACCGACAGAAGAACGUUGCCUACAGAUAUGGGAGUGAGUGGUGCCCGUCGAAGAACGUUGCAACGGCAAAACCGCGACGUACCAAGAGGGGCGCUGCAAACAUCAGCUAGUCUACCCGAGACGCCUGUCUUCGCUAGAGGUUGCGAUGUACCCAGGACUCCUCCACGCAACUCCACUGGACCGCCCCGAAAUAACACCAUGAACUCAAUACAGUCAAUAGGAAGCAGUGCUACAUUAGGAGGUUAUGGACGAGGAUCAAUUAUGGGCCCCGCGGCAGGCGUGUGCACCGGCGCUGACUUACUGCGACUUGGAGGCCCCGCCCGGGGGUGGUAUCCACGGCAGAGGCAUCGGCCGGCUUCAAUCGAGCACCUGGACAGACUAACCACAUCAUCCAAGAUGUCGGCCGAGCACUCUACUCCGCCUUGGGAGGGCCCCGGGGCCCGUAAGCCGCUCACUCUACCCCCCAACUUGACGCCUAAGUUCUUCCACAAGUCACCGAGAGAAGCACUACGCAGAGUCACCAGCUUACUAAUACGAAAAGGGAACAAUGGAAAGGAGAAAGAAACUGCACGAAGCAAGGAAGCCACUUCUCCGGCAGCCCGCUCCGCCAACGGCGACGAACACCCGGGGCAGAAACAACGGAAAGGAUUCUUUAGAAGUCUUUGGAAGAAAUCACGCCAUUACUCUUUAGAGCAUCCAUAAACGAAUGAGAUGGAAUAAGAAUAGUUUGUUCCAAAGUGUACCUAUUUAUAAAUAUUUUACAUGGCAGCUAGUCAUGGUUUUUCGAGUUGUGAUUUCACUACAUAACUCAUAUAGGAAAAUGCACAACGUCGGUAAUAAUUAGUUUUGUACCUACUCUAUUAUAAGAAAAAACCGUUAUAUAAUCGGGGGUUAAAAUAAAAUCUUACUUACGUGUCGGUUUGUUUAAAGAUGUCGAUUUCUUGUAUUAUCACCAAAUUCAAUUCACAAUGAAGGUUUAAACAACUCAAAACAAAUGCAUAUACAUAUAUGCGUUACCCAACGUUGGUGUUGACGCACGUUAAAGAAAGUUAAGUCACUAUGAUUCGAUUAAAGAAUGGACUUUGUUUAAACAAUGUAUAGCUAUAUCGUCUAAUCAUUAUUAUAUCAACGCAUAAUUUAUUUGUAAGUUAACAAGUACGUAUUCGUAUCAACUAAAACUUUCUUUUCGUAUAAAUAGAAGUGUAGAAAUGUAGAUAACCACGUAGUAAGUACGAACACCAGAACUAAUUUCAUUUUGAUAAUUAUAACGUUAUGAGAAGCCCGCUUUGUAUUUUCCAAUGCAAGGAUUAAUUUUGUACUCAGUAGUAUGUACCUGGCGGUACACAUUAACAAUUUAUAUAAAAGUUCUUUUCAAUUAAAUAUUCUCAUUUUACAGGGUUGGCACCUAUUUGUCAGAACGCUUCAGCACCGCGGUCACACAAAACGCGUGUUUAUACUCCAUAUAUUUAGUGUUGCAAGUGUGUUGAGAAAUGGGAUUCAACCCUUAUACGUUUUCAUUAUGUAGAUUUAGAAUAUGAUGGAAAUUUAAUCCUUGUGUGUUUUAAUAGUAAAGAACCAAGCUAUUGCUACAAGUUAAACAUUUUAUACCAAUCCUUGUAUUCGAGUGUACUUAACUCUUUUAUUGUAGAUUUGUCAAAGGGAAAAUAAAUUAUGUUCAUUAGCAAUACUUUCGUAGUUU